AUUUCUGUUCCUCUUUUCUCAACAUAUGAACUGGAUCAAACCAUACCUAGGAUUAGUUUGGCAGAAGUGAUUUACUCUUAGGGUUUAGAUUAACUCAGUCAAGUUCAUAAGAUCAUGUUGUCUUUCUCAACUCAGAAUAGUUCAAAAAAUUUGUAAAAAAUUGUAGUAUUUUUUCUUACAUUUUGAGCAUGGACAUAAAAGUUUUAGUUUAAUAAUAAUGGUAUAAUAAUAGUAGUUAUGAAAGGUCUAUUGGUCUGACCUAAUAGGUGUUAUUUGUAAUUUAUGAAAAUUGUUUACAAUUUAAAUGAGCUGAAUUUGAUACUGUAAAGACAACUUAUACAAGGGUGUUUCCAUUUCUGGUAAAAAUAUUAUUUUUUGGAAAUUAGAGUGUUUGCAUUUGUGUAAAUGUUUGAAACAAUUUAUAAGUAGGUUAAUAACCUAUUUUCAGUUUAUGUACUCAUAUAUGAGUUAUGAAGACAACUUACACUUAAACUUACAUCCAAAGUGCAACACUUUAUUUUUAAUUUAUUUUCAAUAAUAGAAAUAACUUGUUGCAAAUGCUUGCAUCAUAAACACCUAUAAGCACUUUGGUGGUGUUUGAAUAAAAUUCGCUCUUAAAUAUUUAUAAUGGAAGAAAUCUGCUAAAAAUAAUUGAGUUUCUCCAAUAAAGUCUAGUUGCAAACUUCACUUGUUGACAAAGUUAAAUCAAAAGACUGAUGUAAAAGCUAACAGCACAAGUUAUAAGAGAAGUGUUUAGAAGUCCCACAUUGCAUUCAUCAAGUCUUUCAGUGCAACUUAUAUGUAUGUGGGGCAACUUCUUUGGUUAAUACGAAUCUGUUUUAAGAUGGAAUAUUACUUACUCUAGUAGGAUUGCCCAGUUUAGCAUAGACAUUCCUCUGAGGGGAUGUGUGUUGUAAAGUCCCAUAUUGUCUGCUACCGAGGUUAGUUGUCCUUAAAUAAAACUUUUUAGGUUUCAAAACCAGCUAAAUAUUGUUUUUGAAAGUCUGAUUCAAAGGAAGCAGUAGUUUAAAAGAAUGAGUAACGAUGCUUUGACACACAAAUUUUUUCCAUUCAUUUGACACUCUCCUUCUUUACUUUUUACUCUUUCUUUUCUUUCUUAAAAGUACAAAAAUCCACUCUUUUAUGACCAUUUUAUGCAUGUAAUGUGUGUCAAAUGAAUGUAAAUGUGUGUCAUCCUACCAUUGUUAUAAAUGAAUUCACACAUUUAGGAGAAGCCAAUGGAACACCUAAUGUGUUGUGUAAAUGUGGUUUGGAUUUGGAAAUUUCUUUAAUUUUUUUUACCAGAUUUUCUUUCUUUAGCUUUAUCAGCUAAUACUGUUGGCAUUAUUUUCUUUUGAAGUAGCUAGUGUACUUCUGGGACAUUGAAGUAGAUAGAAUGUGUUCAUGGUAAGACAUUUGAUAAUGGGUACUGAAACAAAUCUUUGUUGUUAGAAAGUUGAAGAAGAUCUUCUUGUAAUCCUUUAUAUUCUUGUAGAAGAUUACUCCAAAUAGCUUUUAUUCUUUCUUGUUAGACUGCUUAUGUGCAUCUCUGGUUUGUUGAUAUGUGUUGGACACAUCAGAAAAGGAAAUUAAUGUUAGUGUCUUAGGGAUAACAUGUAAUAUUUUUCCUUUUAUGUGUUAUAUUAUUGCUAUUUACAAUUUUAAAUUAAAGCACGUAAAAAUAUUCAUCUUCUUUUAAUAAAAUCUUACCAGAAAGUAAAUUCUUCCCAUAAACAGAGUGUUGGAUGCUGGAUAAUACUUAUUGAUAAAAAAAAAAUUAUAUACAUUAGUGACAUGCUGUUUUUGUAUUAUAGAAGGUUAGAUAAUAUAAAUUCAUUAAGCUUUUUAGUUGAUUUAGCAAGUUCCAAAGCAUUUGUUCAAACAAGAGGAUAUGUGGUUUAACUCUGUAGUUACUUCAAAACUUAAUCAUGAAUGUUAUUAUCAAAAUGUAGUGUAAAUGUCAUCUAGUAUGUUUAAACAGUAUGAGACUAGACUAUUUGAGUCCUAACAGUUGUUUCAUGUUUCUCUUGGUGCAUUGAUGUUUUGAUUGAAUGAUUGUGUGGGUCAAGUACUCUUCGUAUUGUUUAUUUCCUGUCAUUGGGCCAUCUUUUUUGCAGUAUGCAAAACUCAUGCCAGCAUGCUUCACAUAUUCAAAUGCUCAAAGCUUGUGGGAAACAUGUGCAACUCCAAUUCUUAAACAGGUGAAGAGUGAUUUUACCAGAUAUUGCUAUGGAGAUGAGCAGCAUUUGGAUGAGACAUGAAAACAAAUAUUCUUAUAUGACCAUAGAGAGACGGAAGGACACUCUCAAAAUUGCAAACCAGCCGCCUUUGCUACUCCCUUCUACUCAGCAUUCAAAGAGAGAAUUCCUUUCUCCUACUCAAAAUGGACGUGAUAUUAUCUUCUGCUCAGACUAAGAACUCCGAGGAUGUUGUGGCCAGUCCUCCAAUUCAAAUUGGGGGAACUGGAAAAUCUUGUCAUCAAUGCCGGCAAAAAAAGGAGAAUUUUGCUGCAACCUGCAAGAAUAUAAAGAAAUCGAAGAAUUGUCCGAUUAAGUACUGCCACAAGUGCCUCUUGACUAGGUAUGGGGAGAAUGCUGAAGAGGUCGCGCAGUUGGCAUAUUGGACAUGUCCGAAGUGUCGAGGCAUUUGCAACUGUAGUCUUUGCCAAAAGCGACGAGGUGAACAGCCUACUGGUCCCCUAUAUCAUAGUGCCAAGGAAUCUGGCUUUAAGUCAGUUGCAGAAAUGCUAGCAAUGAAGAAGAAUUUAGAAACAUCAAAUCCAUUAAAUGAGGGUAAUCUGAAAAAGGAGCCUGAAGUAUUUCUCUCAGGGGAACUUGGAAAUGAAUAUUUUUCAGAUGCAAAUGUCACUGAAGUUUGCACCAAAGACGAUAGUGGUGAGAAUUUUGGAAUGAACUUAGAGAGAGAAACAAUUGCAGAGGAAAUUCUUUUGCCACCUGGCAUGGAGUUAAAAGAAAUAUUUGGCAUCGAGUUACCACCCAAAGAUGUUGGGAAUGCAUUGCAAAUUUUAGAGUUUUGCAGAGUGUUUGGAAAGGCUCUUGAUCUCAAGGAAGGAGAAGCUGAAGCCAUUUUUAAAGAAUUGAUCAAUGAAGAAAUUAUGGAUGAACAUAACUCUUCACUGAUUCAAUUUCACAUUAAAUUGUUGGGAUUGAUUGUAAGCAAUUCGAAAAAAGAGUCUCCAUCCUUCUCAACCAAGAAUGAAACUAAUUCAUGGUUGAAACAUUUAGAGGAUUUGAUUAUGCAAUCAUAUCACCUUCUAAAUGAUUUCCCUUUGGAUUGGUUUCAAGAAGGCAUCAGUGGAUACUAUAAAUUGGAUUUGUCUAAAAAGUUUAAACUGAUGACUCUUCUUUGUGACGAAGUUUUGAACACUCAAAAACUAAGGAGUUAUAUUCAGGACGAAAAUUCAAGGCAUGCAAAAGUAGUGAAAGAAACAAAACUUAAGAUUGCUGCAGCUAAGGAAAAGAUAAAGUGUCUUGCACAAAAGUUGCAGAAUGAGAAUGCCAAAGUGUCCUCCAUUCCAGGGGAGGAGCAUGAUGCUCAUAUAAAGAUAAGAACUGAGGUUGACGAAGCACACAUUGAGAUGUUAAGGUUAAAGAGCACAGGUGAAAAAUACAAAAGUGGAUGUGAUGCCACGAGAAUCAAUCCAGAGUUUGUGGACAACAAUGGGAUGACAUUUUGGAAGUUACAAAGUUACAAUGACGAAUCGGUUCUUCUGCUGCAAGAUAUGAAGAUACAAGAUGAAACUGCUACUUUACCUGAAGAAAGCUGGUUUGUUUACGGUCUUCCAAAGAAGGACGAGAUUGAUAAAUAUAUAUCUUCAAGGGCUAAAAGACUUAAGAGUCUCAAUUCUCAAAAAAGUUUGUAGGAGUUUAUGUUUAAUGUUAAUUGUUCUUAAUAGCACAAUGCUGGCAAAAACCCUCAUUCCAUAUGGGUCUUCUUUCUGUGGAGUAAUGGUUUCGGUGGAAAUCUCCUUUGUUUUUGGACUCAAGGGACCUUCAUUAUUGUAAUCAUUGUAUAUAACUUUUUUGUAUUUUACUUUAGUGGUAUACGAAAUGAAAUUAUUUUUUUUUGUAAUUUAAUUACUAUUUAUAGUUGUAUUUUUUUUAUUUAACUAGUUAGAUGUACAAUAAUAUAUUCAUUGAAAUGUGAUAAUGUAUUCUUAA